AUGGCAGACGGACUUUUCGGUGGCUUCGGAGGUGGUGCUGAGGAAGUGCCUAAGAAGGAGAUGCCCAAGAAGGAGAGACGUGUUAAGCUAUUUCCGUGGGACUCCGUGGCAACUCAGAUGCUGGAACCGUACGGAGAGUCUUCUUUCGAUUCCAUGAGUCUCGAUGCGCUUUGGGCUGCAACUGCCAAGGGGAACAAGUCUGCGGAGUACCACUCGCACCUUUGUGCUCCGCAGGACCAGGAUCCCUGGCACGUUGGUGCGGGCAUCUCGCUCACCGCGGCAGCUUUGUUAGCGGCCAUUAAGCAUUUCCGCGACGAGAACAUCCAAAUGCUGCUGAAGCCCGAAUGGUAUGAGAAGAUUGAAGCCGAGGUCAAGAAGCUGGAACCAACGUUGAGGAUCUUGAACUUAGGCAAAGGCAGCCAAGUCCAACGGGACACGGGGUCGUUCCGACAAGCCAAGAAGCAGAAGACAGGCGCCUUCGAGGCGACCGGGACCCCGCCGACUGCCGAGGACAUGAAGAAUGCCGCCAAGAACUUUCACCAGUGGCUAAAGCAAGACAGAUCACCAUUCCGGAGUUUUCUGUUCAUCGUCAGCGCAUCGAACACCUACUACACGGCUCACAUUGCAGAGACCGUCGCAAGGGCAGGAGUAGCGCACAAGCCGAUGUCCGUUGAAGAUUUCCAGCUGGCCAUGGAAGCUAGAAACACCCAGGCUCCGCCAGCUUCGACGGCUUCUGCUUCAACCGCCUCCGGCCUCUUCGAGAUGUAA